AUGGCUCCUCCGAAUACGCAUCCAAUAUCUAAGGAUACCCCUGAUAUAGAGUCGAUUUUAUCACUCAAUCCUAGAGUUAACAAGAAUGCUAAGGCUGUGCCAUCUUAUGAUACCAAGAAGAAUAAGGCUAAUUGGAAGAGAAAUGGUGACAAGGGUUGUAAUGGAUGUGGUCCUAAUUUAGAUAGUGACUUCAGAGAUAUCAAACACACAACUUUGAGCGAACGCGGAGCUUUACGCGAAGCAUGGAGAUGCUUGAAAUGUGCUGAUGCUCCCUGUCAGAAGAGUUGUCCAACGCAGCUUGAUGUUAAAACCUUCAUUACUAGUAUUUCCAAUAAGAACUAUUAUGGUGCUGCUCGACAAAUUUUGUCUGAUAAUCCUUUGGGUUUAACUUGUGGAAUGAUCUGUCCUACAUCAGAUUUGUGUGUCGGAGGCUGUAACUUGCAAGCUAGCGAAGAGGGUGCUAUCAACAUUGGUGGUCUUCAGCAGUAUGCUUGUGAAGUUUUCAAAAAAAUGAAUAUUCCCCAAAUCGUCUCAAAAGAAAUUCGUGAAAGUCGCAACGAGUCGCACAAACAGCCCAUAGCUCUGUUAGGAUGUGGACCAGCAUCUAUUUCUUGCGCUUCAUUCAUGGCUCGUCUUGGAUACACAGACAUUACCAUUUACGAGAAAAGAGAUUAUGUAGGAGGAUUGAGUUCUUCUGAAAUUCCUCAGUUCCGUCUUCCGUAUGAUGUAGUUGAUUUCGAAAUCCAAUUAGCUAGAGACAUUGGUGUGAAAAUUGUGACUGGUAGAACGUUGAGCAAAUCAGAUAUCACCCUUGAAGGUCUCAAGAAGGACGGCGUGAAAGCAGCUUUCGUUGGAAUCGGAAUGCCAGAGCCUAAAAAGAUUGGAAUAUUCCAAGGACUUGAGCAAAGUCAUGGGUUCUACACUUCUAAAGAUUACCUCCCACUUGUCGCUGCCGCCAGUAAGCCUGGUAUGUGCGGAUGCAAACAAACUCCCUUGCCAACAAUGCGUGGACGUGUUAUUGUACUUGGAGCUGGUGAUACUGCUUUCGAUUGUGCCACUUCUGCACUUCGUUGUGGAGCUAGCCGUGUAACAGUUGUAUUCCGUAAAGGUUUUACUGGUAUUCGUGCAGUGCCUGAAGAGAUGGAAGCAGCAAAAGAGGAAAAGUGUGAAUUCAUGCCUUUCUGUGCUCCUCGUGAAGUGAAUGUUAAAGACGGACGUAUCGUCAGUAUGUCCUUCUAUAAAACAGAGCAAGAUGACGAAGGAAACUGGUACGAAGAUAAAGAGCAACCUCUGACACUUAAAGCUGAUUACAUUAUCUCCGCUUUCGGAUCAACAUUGGUUGACAAGGAAAUCAUUGAUGCACUAGCUCCAAUAAAAUUGAACAGAUGGGGCACACCAGAAGUUGAUAAGAGCACUCAGGGAACCUCAGAACCUUGGAUAUUUGUCGGAGGUGAUGUUGGUGGAGUAGCUGAAACUACUGUUGAAUCAGUCAAUGAUGGAAAAGUUGCUGCUUGGCACAUGCACAAGUACUUACAAUCAUUACACGGUGUUGAUGUUGGUUCAGAAGUCAAGUUACCCAUGUUCACAACUCCCGUGGAUGAGGUUGACGUUUCGGUAGAAAUGUGUGGAGUGAAGUUUGAGAACCCCUACGGGUUAGCGUCAGCUCCUCCUACUACCUCAGGACCUAUGUGUCGACGUGCUUUCGAACAGGGAUGGGGAUUCAUUUUGACUAAAACAUAUGGACUCGAUAAGGACUUGGUUACUAAUGUUUCUCCCCGUAUAGUUCGUGGUUCCACAAGUGGUCCGGUGUUUGGUCCUAAUCAAGGCUCAUUCUUAAACAUUGAACUGAUCUCGGAAAAGUCUGCUAACUAUUGGUUGCAAUGCAUUCGUGAAUUGAAAAGAGAUCAUCCCACCAAGAUUGUCAUUGCCAGUAUCAUGUGCGUCUUUAACAAGGAAGAUUGGGAAGAGCUUGCUACUCGAUCCGAAGAAGCCGGAGCUGAUAUUCUCGAAUUGAACUUGUCUUGCCCUCAUGGUAUGGGUGAGAAAGGUAUGGGUUUGGCAUGUGGACAAGAUCCUAACAUAGUACAAACUAUUUGCUCGUGGGUGAAGGCUGUUGUGAAGAUUCCAUUCUUCCCCAAAAUGACUCCUAACAUCACUGAUGUUCGUGCUAUCGCCAGAGCUGCCAAGGACGGAGGUGCCUGGGGUGUCACAGCUACCAAUACUGUUUCCGGAUUGAUGCACAUGAAGGCUGAUGGAACAUCUUGGCCAUCGAUUGGUCAAGAGAAGAGAACUACUUAUGGAGGAAUGUCUGGAUCUGCUAUCCGCCCUAUCGCUUUGAAGGCAGUAUCUGCUAUUGCAAACGAUUUAGAUGGCUUCCCAAUCAUGGCUACUGGUGGAAUCGAAAGCGCCGAAACAGGCUUAGCUUUCUUGAGCGCUGGAGCUUCAGUUCUUCAGAUCUGCUCUGCAGUUCAGAACCAAGAUUUCACUGUUGUGGAAGAUUACAUUGUCGGUCUCAAAGCUUUGUUAUACUUGAGGGGAUGUGCUUCAUUGAGAAAUUGGGAUGGUCAAUCUCCACCAGUGGAGAAACAUCAAAAAGGAAAACCUUUGCUUUUGAAAAAUUCGGGUCUUCCCAAUUUCGGUCGUUUCUUAGAAGAAAAACAAAGACAAGAACAAGAGAUACUUAAGCAGAGCGAUUUGUUAUCAACCACUGAUAUCGAAUUCGCUAAGCGACCUGCUGAGGUUCCGGAGAGAAUUCCAACUGUCCAAGAUGUUAUUGGUAAUGCUUUACCUCGUAUUGGACCCUACGUCACUUUGGAUAACCAGCAACAGAAAGUAGCUGUCAUCGAUGACGAUAUGUGUAUCAAUUGCGGAAAGUGUUAUAUGACUUGUAACGACAGUGGAUAUCAGGCUAUUCGUUUCGAUCCUGGUACUCAUGUGGCUUCUGUCGUUGAAGAUGACUGCACUGGAUGUACUCUCUGUUAUAGUGUUUGCCCUAUUCCUGAAUGUAUUCAAAUGGUUCCACGGAAAGGAGCGUGGAAAGCCCCAAAGAGAGGUCCUUUACCUUACGAAGAGCCAGGCACCCCUAAAGUAGUUCAAGUCGAUGCUCGUGGUAGAGUUCUUCUGAACUGA